GGCAGAGGAACAAGGCAUUUCCUCUUGCUGCAUCUGAUGAGUCUUUAUUGCAAGUACCUGGUGGAGAGAGUAACCUCUUUGUCUCAGCACUCCUCAGCUUGAAUCUGCAUCUGUCUGGGUGCAAGCUGGAGUGAGUAAUUUACUUGUCUGGAUCAAGAGGAGCAACUGUGAAUAAUAAUAUAAAAUCAAUUUUAUUUUUAAAUCUGCUCCACAGUAGAGGUCUUUGAUGCCACUCUUAGGAUGAGACCAGGGGUCAGUACAGCUCUUAGUAGGAGGCCACAGAGUGAACUAGUACAUGCUGGUACUUUCUGUGCUAUGGGACCCUUGGGGAAAAGCCUGAAGGUCACCUAGGCCAAGGGACCUGAAUCUCCUACCACCACCCCUCCUUCGCCAGUUGCCUCUCUCAGGCAAGCAGAGUGGCUGGGCAAGGCAGUGAGGGGAUGUCCGUCCUGAUGCUGCCCAAGCUCUGCCUGCUCCUUGGCCCUAGGGUAUCACAGCUGGACCACCUUCCACACCAGCACUGCCUCCAAAGGACUGCUUGGGUUUUCUGGUGAGGUGCUUCAGGCAGAUCAUCGUGAUUCCCUGCAAAAGUCCCUUCUUCUGACAUAGGCAGUUCCUCUGCUGAUUCUUCCCACUCCUGUAGAGACUGCUUAUCUUGUUUGGACGGCACACCUCAGCUUUUAACUGCUGCCAGAUUGAGCUGACCAGGGCAGGACAGGAUGCAUCACCUCCUCAGACCAAGUGCCCGUGCUCAAGAGAAGGGACAGCUGCAGCCCACUACUUGUUCUGCAGGAGGAACGCAGCCCUCGUGGCCCCUCACCUGUGCUUUUGGGGUGCUUUCCUGGAGCUCUAUUCCUGCCUGUGUGGAUGCUGCAGGCUGCCUUCCCUGGGGGCCCCAUGAAUGGGAAUGUGGAUGUCCUGCCUGUAUUGUUGCCUUUUAGUACUUUUUGUAACUUUCCUCUCUUGUCUUUUCUUUUUCAAUCAGAAGGAAAAAUAAAAGUAAUGAAAUAAAGUGUAACAGCUGCUAUAUUCACACCUCUGGUAGGUUUCAUGCAUUUGCCAUCUUCUGGGCAUCUGUGGGCAGGGGUAUAAGAGGGGAUGGAGUAGAGCAAGUUGUGAUACAUCACAGCUAGUCCCAAGCACUCCAAAAUCACAAGCUAUGCCUGCAAGAGAAUAGCUUUGGAAACAAAUAAUCAAGAACUUUUAUGUAACAAAUACCUAUUUUUUCCACAAGUAAGGGAUCUCCCAUGUGCAGCUGCUCCUGGUACAGUAUAUCAGCCCUCACUGGCACUCCUCCUACCAAGGAGCCCCUUUGGCUACUGAGUGAACAGCCUAUUGCAUGGGGGGGGUUGUACAUGAUCUGGCUGGAGGUAUCCGUUUCACCAACAGAAGGGUGGGUGACUCCACAGCUGAGCUUGGGCUCACAAUUUUAAUCCUCUGUAAGUCUUAUGCUUUUUUUUUCCCCCCCUGUAAGUUUCUCAACAGCCUUUUUGCUUGCAGACAGGGUGCUCAUUCUGCUCUCCUCAGCAGCAUAACAAGCUCACCAUUUUCUCUUGAUCUUGCUCUAAGAGCCCCAUCUCAGGUACUAGUAACUAUUUUCCUCCUCCCCUUGCUAUCCCCCUGAACUAAUUCCUGCCUCUGCCCUCAUGCUCCUAGCAAUUUAUCUGAACCAAUCUCUCAUAAGGCUAUUGCUUAAAGUCUUGGCCCCUUUUCUAAGGCCUCACAGAGACCAGCUUAAAUUCCCUGAGCAGUCCUGCUUAGGCUCAUUCCCAGGAGACCCCUUCUGCUCUUCUAUCUAAGCUCCCAUCUCCUCUAGGCUCUGUGCCACCUCUCUUAUCCUGAAAUCCUCCCCUCUAUGUCAGCUGCAGCUCAUUGUUAAUUGGCCUUGGCCUGUUUUCUGAGGGUUAUAAGGUGUGCUUGCUGCCUCCUCUCUAGGGUUGCUUUUCUCUGUGGUGCUGUUUUAUUCUCCUUUCCAAAGCAGCUUGACUUUUUGGUGUGCCUAUCUCUGGUCCCCUAGAUGCAGUUCAAAAUGCAGUGGCCUUAUGUCUCCACAAGCCUAAUAAUCUGUAAGCUUCUGUCAGGCUGUGCUUGUUCAGAAGUGCAAAAGUGUACAGAGGGCUGUGCUUAACUUGUAUCACCCGUGCUGUACAUAGCCUGCUGAAGCCAGAGUACAGGAGAAAGCUGGCAUAGUGCAUUGCAGGGUGCAGUCAGCUGCUUGGUCUGGGUGAGCUCGGGCCCCCAGGGCUGUAGUCUAGCUCUCCAAUGUACAUUUAGGUUACAUUAGAUUUUGCCUAUCGCUCAGUUUUCCUGUAAGCUGGACCUCCUUGUUAUUGAUGAAACAGGAUAAUUUUUGUGGUAAAACAUGAUGAUAAGCCUCAAUAAAGCAACAGCUUUGAAGCUAACAGAAAACAGGUUAUGGUGAUACAACAGAAUGGUGGUAUUCACUAUGGUCUUUAUGGUUUUCUAGUUGUGACAACCUGCGUAGCUUACAAAGGAGGCUAAGGAUGUUGGUUGUCUUCAAAUGCUGGAUCCUGGCAUGUGGAAAUGAGGCUAGCUGGAGACCAGUGAGGAAGCCAUCAGCAGAAGCCAGAGGAAUAGGAGCUGUAGUCUCCUGAGGGCCUCCCAUUGCUUCCUCUGGCAUACAUGCAGGGCUUUCCACUUCUGUGGCUCCCAAAAUACUUUGUCCAAAUGUUCCCUCCACUGCUGGAAGGGGCAGCACACAGGCUGCGGUACGAGCAAAGCGCUUUGUGAGUGCUGUCAGCUUGGCAUAGGGCCCUUGUGACCUUGGGACAUGGCUGCAGAGCAGCCUCUGCAGGUUUGGGCUGUGGUUCAGUGGGAGGGGAGCCCAUAAUUUCUAAGCUGAAAUCUUUCUCUGCUCUGAUCUGAUCUUGCUUGAGACAUGCAGGUGUUUCCCUUCAGAGCAGAAAACAGACCCUGCAAGGGGAGGAGGGAGGGCUGCUAUGCUGAGGUACAGCUCAGAGGCUCUGAGAUAGUGUUUAUUAUUUGCAGAAGAGUGAAUGGGGACAGGUGCCUGCUUGAAGAGCUUGCCCAUGGCUUCUCUGGGAUUUAAGUGGGACCAUUAUAGUCUAAUAGCUUUCUCUAGUUAAUGAAUCAAGUUUGGUCUGUUAUCUUUUUAAAAUAAGGAAACCAAGCUCACAGUGACAGCAAAAUGGGUUGUUCUAUGCACAGUCUGAGAGUUGGCCAUCCUUUCACAACCACCACACAAGACCGGCUCUUUGUACGCUAUUUUCUUACGUGUAAAUGCAUGUAUAUGCACACACAUGCACAUGACAUACGUUUGUUUCAUUGGACUAAGAAAUCUCUGUACUGUUAGAUCCACUCACAAAGCAGUGUCCUGUGCCCACCUGGGUCUUUGUUUGACACAUGUGAAGCCCACCUUGCAGCACACUCACAUGUGCGUGCUGAAUGCUUAGAAAAAAAACACCUACCACCUGUUUCCAGCUGAGUGCUGAUCUAUAUGUUUACCUACUAGAUUGAGUGGGAAAGCAGGUGAAAUCAAGCAGUGCUGCUAAAGCCAGGGUUCUCAGCCCAGGCUAAGAUGGAGGCCACUGAAACAUGGCACAGAAGCACCUCAGCUGCAGAACGUUCCUCUGGCUGGACCAUCUCUCUGCAACACAGUAAGGCUCUCCCUUGUUCUUUCUGAACUUGCACAGUACAUUGUGGCGAGCCGUGGGGUGGAAGAAUGCUUUUAUGUGUGUGUCCAUCUGGUUAGAGUUGGAGGGAGUAUGCACCAGCAGUGUGGCUACGUAGGCUCAGACUGUGUGUACAGUGGCACGUCCGUGGUGGUGGCAUUUAUAACUCAGUGGAUGGAAACCUCAGAAGACUAAAGGCAGUGGGUAUGUGUACAAGCAUUGGUGUGGCAGGGUGAUUGCUGGUGGAUGUCCAGCUAGGGCAUGGGCAGAAGAGCUUGUGCUGAAGAGGGACGCAUUUGACACUGUGUUUGCAGUGUCUGUAGGUAGAAGUGGUGGGGGAUAUUGAUACGGGUUACGUAUCUGAAGGCAAGGGUGAUGAGUAGUAUUUAUUUGUUGUUUCUGCAGUCUCAGUCGUUUGUGGUGACAACUAGCAGACUUUUCUAAUGUGUCACACCAGUAAUGUUAGGGAAAAGUAAAGAAAAAAUUAGGGAUGGCUGGUAUGCGUCCUCGAGGCAGUUGGGAUUUUUCACCCCUGAAUUGAAAAAGGAGGCACCUGGACAACAGUGACUCAAAACAAAGCCACCUCAUUUGAACAUAGCAAGUGAUUGUGUGCACUGUUCCUCCUCUGAACAAGACCUUCAGGGACAUCAAAUAAAGCUAGCAGGUGGCAGGUUCAAAGCAAACAACUGGAGGCAGCUCUGCAGAGCGCUGGGUUGCACUGGGAACCUUGUGCCACAGGACACUGCGGCUGCUAAAUAUUUACAUGGCUACAGACAUGAAAAGAAAGGAGGAAAUCAAAUCCCCCCAAGAAGUGCUGCGUGCACAAAUGCUACCUCCAGCUGAGGAAGGUGGAGCGGUGGGAAGGCUGCUUAGGGCAGUUUGCUCUGUGCCAGCCCCAUAUUGCCCUUCUCUGGGGGUUCUUCACCUUUCUGUUCUCUCCUGGGUUUGAAGUGAGUGCCUCCAAACAGGCACGUCCACUCUGUUUUCUUACCGAGUGCUCUCUUUGUGUUAUUAUCAAAAAGAGUUUAACUCUAUUUUCUUGUCUCGGAUAUCCUGAGUAGGUAAGAAAUGGCCUGGAUAAAGGCUAAUCCCAGUUCCAUAGAGGCCUGAGGCAAAGCCCCCAAUGUACUUCUUACAAAAAGGGCGGUGAGGCACUGGCACAGGCUGCCCAGAGAGGUGGUGGACACCCUAUCCCUGCAGACAGUCAGCCUCAGGCUGGACAGGGUUCUGUGCAACCAGAUGUAGCUGUUAAGUGUCCCUGUUCGUUGCAGGGGAAUUGGACCAAAAGGCCCUUAAGGAUCCCUUCCAACACAAGCAAUUCUGUGAUUCCGUGGUUCGAUACUUUCUGGAUGUAGGGAAACCUCAGUGAGGCAAGUGUCCUCCAGUGACCGGUAACCCCUUGUGCAGUGGUGAGCAAGCCAAAGAGGAUGCAGCCAGAACAGCAGUGUGUUGCAGGAGGAGGGUAACAUCAGUGGUGAGGACUGCAUGUAAGCACCCUGGUAUCUCACCAUUUCCUGAGCUAGAUUUUACUGGGCUUACUCACGAAGUGAGUGAGGAAAUGGAAGGUGCAAGCACUCCAGGAGCUAGCUAGGGCUGUAGCUGCAUGUGGCCUGGCAGGCCUUGACCACAUGUUUUCAGUUAACUGGGGACAGGAUGUGCAGAUAGCUCCAGACACAUGCAGAGCCCAAAAAUCUGUUUUCCUUUUUGUGGUUGCUCACAUCAUUGCCCGCUGUAAUAAUAGCUUGGUCUGUUAGUGGGUUGGCCAGUAGUGAUGGCAUGUUCUUAUCCGACAUGUUUGCUGCAUUGUAGCGCCAAGGUCAAGUGAAUGGAGGAACUGAAAGUGCAGUGAUAUUGAGCUGCUGAGUGGGGUGACAAAUGGAUACAACAAAGCCCUGCUGACAAGAGAAAUAGGAGGAAACUGAAGGGUCCCAUAAGGACUUUUCUCAGUCUGAUAUGUCCUGCAGAGACCAUGAAGGGGGCUAUGUAAGACUGCUCCCAGGCCGUUGGAGCAGCCUUGGAGCACCCUGGCACUCUGCACCAGCAAGUUUCACCAUGUUUGCUGCCCACUGAAGGGUGGUGACGUUUCAGUGCCCUGUACCGCACUGCUGUUGGUGUGAGAUGUGUCUUUUUCUCUCUACCUGGCCCAUUUUUUUUCUCUGGCCUCUGUGAAUGCCUAUCCUCCAUCUGAUCCGUGUCUUCUGCCAUCAGUCUCUAUUUAUUCACCCCCUCCUGGUUUCAGGUUCCUCUGAAGCCCUUCACUGAGCCACCCCAAAGGUUUUGGCAUUGAAGUCUUAACGCAAGGCAGUGCUCCCAGGUUUUCUCAUACUUGUUUCCUCCUUUGUUUGCCUUGUUUCAGUCUUUAGUGUUGGGGCAAGAAUGCUUUAAUGUAUACAAAACUACUCUCCUUGUAAAAGGCUGGAGCACCUUUGCAAUUUUUUUUCCCCCAAGUGAUUUCCACCGUGGAUGGUUUUGUUGCCAACGUGUGACGUUUAGCCCAGACCUCAGAGAGGCUCCUGCUCGACAGCAGGGCGCCCAGCAGACCUGGCUUCAAGCCGUGUGACUGAGGCAAAUAGAGCAGAGCGAAAACUGGGUCAUAUAAAGCUCUUCUGAACCCCAAAAGCCUUUGUCAGACCUUCAGUGGAGCAUGUUCACCAGCCCCGUUUUGAAGAGCGAUGCUUUGUCUUCUCCUAGCUUUAAACAGUUCCCCAAAAUAAACCCACUGCUAUUUACUGGCAUUGUUUUCUUUCUCGUGUACAAUGCUGAUAAAUAAUCAGACUCAUUAUAUUUGUGUCUGCUCUAGUGGAAAAUAAUUACAACAAUUACUACCAAAUCAAAAUGCUUCUGUUUCUCCUGGUGUCAUUAGCAUGUCCCAAACAUUUUGUUCUUGUGGUUUAAAGUGCAGUAAUAACACAGUCCAAGUGUAGCACCCGGCGGAGCGGCGCUUCCCUGCACAGCAAGCUUCCCGGCCCUGAUUGCCUCCGAGAUGCUGCUAAUUUUCAAUCAUGGUGUCAGAUCCUCUUCUACCGCAGGGAGAGCAACUGCUUAGCCUGUGAUUUACCCAAUUUAUUCCGGUAAUAACCGGGCUGGCUGUGCAGCCAUCUGUCUGCUUUACGUGCUCCUCCUGCCUCCGGCUUCCACUGCUGUGCAGGCAGAGCGGUGUCUCUGUCCUUGUGGCAGUGGAGGGAGAAGACCUCACUUCAGCCCAUUGAUGAAGAGGGUCUCUGUGCCUUCAGAGAAGAACACCAGUGUUUCCCCUCUCUUCUUUGCCUAGAAGCAGCGAGCAGUGCAGCCCCCUUCUGGUGACCUCUGGGUGCCGGAGCGCCAGCUGCCGGGCACACUGCCGGCAGUGCUGCUGGCGGUGCGUAUUUCCACCAGGCUGAGAAGGGAAGGCCCACGUUAGGUAGGGCAUGGUGCAUCAGCAGGGCCUCUGCCUCUCUCUGGCUCGCAUUGGGGGAGCUACCAUCACCUUGUGAGGAGGAAACUGAGGCACAGAUAAAGGAAGAGCUCGGUGCUUGUGACAGACUGAGCUUGUCCCUGCUCCUGCUGAGGUCACAGAGGAGGGCUGUUCUCUGCUCCUGUUGAGGUCAUGAAGGGGAACAGUUCCAGCGCUGAGGCUGGAGCCCAGGCCAAGCCCCAUGGAGGAGCUGCAUCGCCCAGGAGAAGCAGCUGUGCGAUCUGUUGCACGGACAUUGCAUCCUGAUGCUGUCUUGAAAGCUGCGUUUCUCACGGUGGCUUUGGAAGAGUUUUCUUGACAUCAGUUAUUUGCUCGGUUCCGAGGCCGGCGCCAGUUUGUUGCUGCCCAGAGCCGAGAGCUUCUCCCCACGGCUUAUACUGCAGUGUCUGGGAGCCUUCCCCGUGCCUUGAGGACAAUCCUGUGUAAAAAUGCUGCGCUAUUGGGGCGAGAUCCCGGUGCCAUCCAACCAGGCCAACCGCAGCUCUUUCGACCUGCUCCAGCGUGAGUUCCGCACGGUGGAGGUGCAGGACCCUCCGCUGCACCAGCCGUCAGCCAACAAACCACGGCCCACCACCAUGCUGGACGUCCCCUCCGAGCCCUGCAGCCUCACCAUCCACACCAUCCAGCUCAUCCAGCACAACAGGAGGCUGCGCAGCCUCAUUGCCAUGGCCCAGGCACAAAACCAGCAGCAAGCAGAGGGCAUCAAGACGGAAGACAACGAACCACUGCCUUCUCGUCCAGCCUCCCCGCCUCUCCCCGAUGACCUGCUUCCUCUGGACAGCAAGCCCCCCAAAAUGCCAUUCCAGCUGAGGCACAGUGACCCAGAGAGCGAUUUCUACAGAGGAAAAGGGGAGCCUGUGACUGAGCUGAGUUGGUCCUCCUGCCGGCAGCUUCUCUACCAGUCAAUGGCCACUAUCCUGGCUCACACGGGCUUUGAGUGUGCCAAUGAGAGUGUCCUGGAGACCCUGACAGACAUAGCCCACGAAUACUGCUUGAAGUUCACCAAACUGCUGCGCUUCGCUGUGGAUCGAGAAGCCCGACUGGGGCACACCCCUUUCCCAGAUGUCAUGGAGCAGGUCUUUCAUGAAGUGGGCAUUGGCAGUGUGCUCUCACUGCAGAAGUUCUGGCAGCACCGCAUUAAGGAUUAUCACAGCUAUAUGCUUCAGGUUAGCAAGCAGCUCUCUGAAGAGUAUGAGAAGAUUGUCAACCCUGAAAAGGCAGCAGAAGACACAAAGCCUGUGAAGAUUAAGGAGGAGCCUGUUAGUGAUAUCACUUUCCCCAUAAGUGAGGAGCUGGAAGGAGAUCUUGCUUCUGGUGACCAGUCUUUGCCCGUUGGAGUUCUCGGAGCUCAAAGUGAGCGAUUCUCUGCAAAUUUGGAAGUAGAAGCUUCCCCACAGACUUCAGGGGCUGAGGUAAAUGCUUCCCCACUCUGGAACUUGGCACAGGUGAAAAUGGAGCCACAGGAAAAUGAGGAGGCCAAUGUACAUGGCCAUGGGGUCCUAGGCAGCGAUGUCUUUGAGGAGCCUAUGUCAGGCAUGAGCGAAGCUGGGAUAGCACAGAGUCCCAAUGGCUCUGAGAGCAGCUAUGGUUCUCAUUCUGCUGACAGUCUGAUGGGAUCCUCACCUGUCUUCAACCAGCGCUGCAAGAAAAAGAUGAAGAAGAUGUGAAGAGAGGGGGCCUUUUUAUUUAGUUCUAAUGGACUUGAAACAAACCAAAAGAGUUCUGUAAUAGCUAUGAUGUAUAAAUGGGGCUGGCCCUGGUGUAUGAGGGAGCUUGCAUGAAAUCAUUAUGAGAGGAUUGAUGUGUAGUGCACUUCAUCUCCCUUCAUAGCUGGCUUCUGUACUCCGUCCUGACUCAUGAGAUUGAAGAUAACUGUAUGCAUUCAGUGGUGUCACGGCUUGCUUUGGCAGACUAAUGAGGAAGUUACAAGUGGAAAAUAGCUGUGAAGAGAUUUGUUAAGUCACAGAAUCAUUGAAUAAUUAGGGUUGGAGUUUUCUAGUUCAGCCAAGGCAAAUAGAGCAGGUUGUUCAGGGCUUUGUCUCAUUGAAUUCUGAAUACCUGCAAGGAUGGUGAGACUAAACCUCUCUGGGCAACAUUUGCCAGCAUUUGACUACCCUCAGAGGAAAAAAAUUAUUAUUGCAUCGGGCUGUAAUUUCCAUGUUUCAACUUAUGUUCAUUGCUUCAUUUUAUGUCAGUGUUCAUCUCUGAGUUCAGUCUGACUUUGUCUUUAACCUCCAUAUGAAGUGGUUGUAGACAAUGAGAUCUCUCCUUAGCUUUUCCUCUUGUCUGUAAAAACCAAGCUCCCUUAGCCUCUCCCUGUCUUGUGCUACAGUCCCCUAACCAUCUUAGUGACUUCCCAACAAAAUUACUGCAGUGCCCUUAUUGUAAGAGGAAGCAUGGAAGUGGAUGACGUCUUCCAGAUAAGGUCUUACAAGUACAAUAUGGAGAGAAGUAAUAAUUUCAACAUGCUGGCCACACGAUUGCUAACUGUUGCAGGCAGCAAGACAGUCUCAAGUUGGGUAAUUUUACUGGUGGGAGAGCCUUCACUGAUGACAAUGACCUGGCAGAGAGGCUGGAGGGUGGCCUUACAGUGUCAUCAGCUAGCUCCUUUGGUGCCUUCAAAUGCAUCUUGUCUGUUUACGUGGACUUGUGAGCGUCUUGUUGGCUGAAGUUCUCACUAACUCAGUCUUCCUUUGCUCUACAUAAUACCUUGUCCUCCCGCACUAUUCUAGUAGAGCCAGGGGGCAGACCUAAACAGUGAAAGUGUGUAGUGGUGUUGAGUACCUCAGUCUCAAAUUGCAGCCUUUGUUUCCAGGUUGUUGAACAGCAAACCCACAUUUUCUCUAACCUUUCUUUUGCUUCCAGUAUAUGUAGAAAAGCCCUUCUUCACAUUUCUAUGGGUUUCAACUCCAGCUGAACUCUGCCUUCCCUAAUUCUCUCCCUUCAUGCUUGGACUGUGUCUUUAUAUCUCUCCUGGACAGCCCAUUUUCAUUCCCAUUUCUGUGUACUUUUUCUGUACAUCUGAGCUCAGUCAAGAGUUCCUUGGUUACUUGUGCUGGCCUUCUGUCAUGCCUGCUUUACUUUUUGCUCAUCAGAAUGGACUGUUCUACUUUCAGAAUGCAAUCUCUGAAGGUAAGCCAGCACUCUUGGGCCACCUGGGGAGACCAGCGCUGUCUCUCAUGAGAGCCCACCAAGAUGUUCCUUGAAAAAAAUAUCUUGUUCUGAAUGUCCAAAGCUCUGUUUGUCUUGUAUACAUUUCUCAAGAUGUUAAAUGCACAAUUCCCUGUCUGCAGAAGCCAGGACCUUCAAGAUUCUUCUUACUGACAAGUCCAGCAGAGCUUCUUCCUUAGUUUCUUGAUUGUUUAAUCAGGGAAGUUGACAGCCAACUGUUUAAGGUAGGGUUUUUCAGAGAGAAUAUAGCAGCUUUUGCUAUUGGUUUGAGCCGGUGCUGUCAGUGCAUACUUUUCCUUCACUCUUACUGGAUCGAGUUAGCCACUUCAGGCCAGUUGCUAUCUUGACAACUUAGUCUGAAGCAGAAUCUAUUUUACUGCUUGCUUUUAUGGCUCAGCUGACUGAUGACAGUUUUUGUUCUGCGCAGUCCUCAGUUGAUCAACUCAGUCUUUAUCUUGAUUCAGUGAGUAUCUCUCUCAAAAGAAGCUAGCAUGAACACGAAUCAAGAAUGAACAGUCACUUAAACUGGCUUUAUACCUGUCACCCAUUGGGAUGUUUGAGGGAGAGUUAUCAGACCUCCCAUUUGUCCUUAGUAUUGCAAGUUUAUCUUUGGAAAGGAUGAGCUCCAGGCAUAGUAUUUUUUUUUUUUAUUUGCUUGUUUCCUUAUAACAUGCCUACCCUUAGUUCUUUUUUCCUAACUGUAUUUCUCUCCCAUUUUGCAGAAGUGGAAGCCAAACAUUAAAUUCCUCUAUGUCUAAUAACAAUGUGUGGCUACAGGCUUUUAUGGACUUUGGAGUUAAAAUUGCCCAUCACAGUCUUAAGGGUUCCUCCUGGGAGGUAAAUUCUAGCUAUUUGAAGCCUAGUCAAUAGUUGAACAGAGGACCAGUGUAUCAGGAAAUCUUUAUUUUGAUUCCCUCAGAGUCACCAUUAGGAAAACUGCAAUGCCCUUGUUUUCUCAACUGUAAUAAAGGAAUAAUAGUAUUUGCUUCUUAGAAGUCUGUUGGAAAUUUAGUUACUAUUAAAAAGGUACUUUGUGCCUGUAGAGAGUUUUGUUAGAGCUGUGAGCUUUUCUUCCAUUUGAGUGUGACUGUUGCUGGCUGGAAUAUGCUUCGGUGGACAGUGCAACAUUAGUGACCUAUAUUAUGCUUGUUUUAAACAAAACACCUUAUUAUGAACAAGUAUAGGAUAGCUGUGCUAUUUGACUGCCGUAGUACAAGGAAAGCAUUUUGAAUGGUGUCCUCUGACUGAACUUUAGACUUCUGCAUCAAAAUUUGUUGCUCAGGGCCCUAUUUGCAGCUGAAGGGAAAGUCAUUUUUAGGUCAACAUGGGUCUGACCUAGAAGUAGGAGUCUAAAGGAGGUCAGAUGAGUGGUGUUUUAGAAGUAUCUAUUUUUCCACUGUGCGCCAAUAAAGUGAACUCAACUUGAUUACCUCAGCUAAAGGCAUCCACUCCGUCAAUAUUAGUUAAGCAAUCUGAAUUUAGCCUUUCCUGUCUGGGAGUCCUCCUGCUAGGCAGAUAUUUUUUGUCUUCUUCUACACAUUCAGUAGUGCUUAUCAUUGCAAUUGUAAUACUGCUCUAAAAGCAGACUGCCCAUCUUAAACCAGCAGAUCCAGGGUUCUCCACAGCACACAGGAUGUGCUAGGCCAGGGUCAAACCAGGUUCAGCCUGCUUUGGCUCUUGGGUCUGUCUUUGAUGCCGCAUUAGAACUCCUGUGCAUGAAGCAUUUGCCAAACUGUUGUGAAAUAUUUUUGAAUUUAGGACGCAUAAGCAAAGUCCUUUGCACCAUUUUCAGGAGCUGGAGGACAGAGUGGCUGCUGUCAGCAUGGCUUGCUCAUUUGCAAGACCUCAGAUGGGCUAAAAAUGAAAAUCUGCUGCUCUCCGUGGCUUUAGUUAAACCGCUUAAGCCUCAGUCUUAAGUGCUUUCUUUAUAUUGCUCAAGUACAGAUGCUCUGUCUUACUUUUAAUCGUGCUUUCGUAUUUCAUAUCCCCUUUCCACACUCACUUUGCCCUGUUACACACACUGCUACAAGCCAAACCUGAACCCUCUAUUGAUUCAGCUGUGUUGUUGCAGUAUAAGGGAGAUGUGUUAUUGAUUCUCUUUGGGAAGCUUGUUUAUGCAGAGAUUAGAAAUGCAUCGGCAUAGUUUGUACAUUUAAAAAGUGAUGGCAGAGUAAAAUCUGUACCUCCCGUUUCCCAUUAUGCUGUGUUGCUUCUGACUUUUCAUGCACUGGCUGUUUCCUUUUGUGCAUAUGGAAGCUGUACCUUGUAGGUGAGCCUUUCCCUUCUGAACGUUUGCAGACUUUGAAUUUACAGCGCUGUAUAUCAUGCAUGAAAUAGUGAAAUUUCAAAUCUAGCACACCAGCUCAGAUACAGACAGUAUGCUCUUCUGACGAAUGAAAUAAGAUUUUACUAGGUGUGAGGAGCUAGUGAGAAGUUCAUUGACCAUGUAAUCCCCAAAUUUUAAGCUACGCUGAGAUUACACAAUGGCUUGAAAUGAUGCUCUGCUCUCACAGCUGCUUUUUUUUCUGGUCCCUGGUAAAGUGCUCUGCUGACCCAUCUGCCUCAGAAGUUUACCAUUUUGUUCAUACUUUCAUCUUUCUCCCUUCCCUUUCCAAAGGUCAAUGAAUGGAAAAUUGCAAUAUGGAGGGUUGAACGCAUCCAUGUCCAGUAGCACUGAUGUCCUUAGAGAUUUAUCUUGCCACGAAUUACUAGGCUUUUGAAUUAUUUUGCAUGGCAAUGAUAGAGGAUUGCAGGUGAGAGUGUGCUGUGCAUCGUAUUUGUUUCCCUUUAGCAAUACCUUUUUAUUCCUUUUGAAAAGUUUUAGCUGGCAUCCAACAGAGUUCACUAUCAGUGUGAAAACUUCAGUGUAGGUCAGACCACGCUACCUAGUGAUUUAAUUGCGAGGCUCUUCGUGCUAAUUUGAAUAUGCAUAACGCCGUGCAGAAAAAGAGAUGUUCCCCACUUAGAAAUUUACAACUGAAGAAGAAAAUAGGCCAAUAAGAUUAGAUGGGGUAGGUGAGGCCAAUGCCUGAUAUAUGCUGAAUUCUGACACUAAUGCUUAUGCUAUGUGUGAAAGAUGUUUUACUUAAAAUGUUUUUGUACGUGCAUGGGAGUGAAAUACAGAACUUUGCUUGGGCUUAUAUGGAACAAAAUUGCUUGGCUUUCAGGCUUUUUUGUUUGUUUGUCUUCGUUUUGUUUUUCUCCCCUGCUCUCCUGGAGAGAGCAUCUUUGCAAUUUCUAAGGAAACCAAAACAAUUCUCCAGAAAUAAAAAUUCUUGAGGUUUUAUCUGA